AUGGUCGUAGAGGUGGUCAAUGCUCUGCAAGCCAAACGUAAAUUAGGUUUCAUCAAAGGAACUCUAAAGAAACCGGAGGAAACCAGUCCCGAUCUGGAGAAUUGGCUGACCGUUAACUCUAUGAUAGUAGGCUGGAUUCGAGCUUCUAUCGAACCGAAGGUGCGAUCUACCGUCACGUACAUCACGGAGGCGUACCAGUUGUGGGAAGAUCUGAAGCAGAGAUUUUCCGUGGGGAACAAUGUACGUGUUCAUCAGAUUAAAGCUCAUCUUGCCUCGUGUAGACAAAAGGGACUAUCCGUGUUGGACUAUUUUGGUAAUCUCUCAAAGUUGUGGGAGGAGUUGCAAGUUUACCAACCGAUUCAUGCUUGUACGUGUGGAGCGGCAGCAGCUAUUGCUAAGGAGAGAGAACAUGAGAAAAUUCAUCAGUUUAUGAUGGGUUUAGACGAUUCACGCUUUGUUAACAUAUCUACAAGCGUGAUUGGUCUUGACCUGUUGCCUUCUCUUGGUGAGAUUUACAAUAAGAUGGUGAGAGAGGAACAGAGACUGGCGUCUGCACGAAGUCAUGAGCAGCAAGAAGCACGUGAUUACUGGCAACUUGUCAGGUUUCCUGACAGGUACAACGAACGUAGUGGAGGUCGUGGUCAGGGAUUUGGUAACAGAGGAAGAGGCCGUGGGAUGAACAGUCGAGGGCGUGGUCAAGAAAACAUUGCUCAAGCUUCAGUUACGAGCUCCAACUCAUCCUUUCCGGAGUUCUCUGCAGAUCAGUGGAAAGUGCUCAGCCAGAUGAUCCAAGAGAAAGCUGGUAAUCAAGCCUCUGACAAGCUGUUUGGUAAGAACAAAUUGGGUGAUGUGAUUCUCGACACGGGUGCGUCGCACCAUAUGACGGGGAAUCGUGAUUUAUUGACUCAUCUUGAAACGAUUUCCCCUUGUUCUAUUUCCUUUGCUGACGGGAACAGAACAUUUGCAGACCGUUUUUCGAGGACUCUGAUUGGAGCCGGUGAGGAACGCGAUGGUGUGUAUUACUUUACGGAUUUGGUUUCAGUGAAGAGUCAUCGGGCAGUUAGAGUUUCUGAUCAUGUUAUGUGGCAUCAAUGCUUGGGUCAUCCGUCGUUUUCAGUGUUUUCAGAUUUAUCUUUUGUUUCUAAAUCAGCUAGCUCAAGUCCUUGCGACACUUUUUUUAGAGAGCUUCCUCGUCUUGUGGAGCACGACAACGGAACAGAGUUCAUGGUUAUGUCGUCGUUGUUUAAGGAUCAAGAUAUUGUUCAUCAAACUUCGUGUGUCAACACUCCACAACAAAAUUGUCGCUUCGAAAGAAAACACAAACACAUCUUAAACGUCUCGUGCGCUCUCUUGUUUCAAGCCAAUUUACCAAUCAAGUUCUGGGGCAAAGCAGUUCUCACGGCUGCUUAUUUAAUCAAUAGAAAUCCAUCUUCAGUUCUGAACGGGCGUUCAUAUUAUGAAGUUAUCCAUGGUGUUGCACCUGAUUACAAGGCAUUGCGGGUUUUUGGAUCAGUGUGCUAUGUACACAGAACCUCUCGAGAUAAGGACAAGUUUGGACCUCGCAGUCGCCUAUGUGUGUUUGUUGGUUACCCCAUCGGCAAGAAAUGCUGGAAGGUUUACGAUAUUGACAGGAAUGUGUUUCUGGUGUCCCGUGAUGUAGUGUUUCGUGAAGACUUGUUUCCAUAUGCAGACCAGAAAACUGAGCCUGCAGACGGCUCUCCAAUAGACACCGUUAGCGAUGAAGAUUGGAAUCUUCCACCGUUGGGCCGAAAAGAGGAGCCGGUUCCUGUUAUUCCGCCUGCUAUCACUGUCUCAGAGGCACCUCCUGCUUCCAAUUCAGAAUCACCUCUUCCUGUCUCAGAAACACUUCAUGCUUCUAUACAAGAAGUCUCGACGUCAGCUCCUGAGCAAGCAUCUUCUCCGACGAAUGCUACUAACGACGCAGAGGCAGUUGUGCCUGAAACACUUGGUAGAGGUCAACAGAAGAAAACAACACCAGUGAGACUUCGUGACUAUCUUCUACAAUGCAACAGCUGA